AUCAGUUACAGUGUUGGUCCCUCCUGAAGGAGAGGUCUCAGCAGCCAGCAAUAUUAAGACUACUACCUGCUAUAAUACCAGUGUGAAUCUAAAAGUUUUAUGUAGAAGCGUUCCUACAGUUCUCUCUGUAGGAAAUACUGUACCAGUUCUUAACGUAUUGGCAGAAAAUAACUAUGUGGCGGACCGCGUUUCGUAAUAAAUGCAACACAUCAAGUCCAUCCAAUAAUCUUCACCAGCAAUUCUAAAUCUAUUUCUCAGUGCAGUAGAAUAUGAAACACGUAUAAUAUAAUCCAUCGUCAACAGUUCGAAAGUUCUACGUAACAAGGUAAUUUUUUAUGCAGCUCUCAUACAGAAAUACUGCAGGUGUUUUCUCACCUCAAGGAAUUUCAAGCAUCACCUUCAUUUUGAGUGAUACAUUGGCAACAAACUUGUCAAUAGUUAAAGAUUGAGCUUGCUAACAUAAUAAAGAGGCCUCUCACAGGUCAUAUAUUUCAGAUUUAAUUAUCUGCAAAUGAUUUAAUGCCACACAUAUCUGCUAUACCGUUUUCAAUUUUCGACACCUGCAUUUCGAGUUCCAUAACAUUUUUAUUUUUACAUCAAUAUAACAAAAAACAUAAAACUUAAACAAGAUAAUGUACGACGUAAAAGAAGGAACUUUUAAUUCAGCACAAUCUACAAAUAAAAAUAUGCCCGCGAAGAACAUGGAAUCUCGUAAUUACUCCUCAGAUGACAUGGAUAACAACAACAAGAAUGUAGAUGUUGAGGCGGAGUGUGUGGCCACCCCACAACGCCCAGCUGAGGGAGACUCACGCCAAAACAUUCUUCAGAAUGGCACCAAGCCUGCCAUAGGCACCCAGGUGUUUGCGACACUGGUAAUGGCACUCCUGCAAGUAAGUGCUGGUACUGCACUGGCCUUCUCGGGCAUCACGCUGCCACAGCUCACUGACCCGCAGACAAACGACCUCUUCCUAAACCAGACACAAACAGCCUUUUUUGGAAGCCUGGGACACCUGGGAGGAACUGUUGGGUGUUGUGUGAGUGGACCACUACUAGUGAAGCUUGGUCGUCGAGUGACUCUCCUGGUGACCCUGCCCAUCACUGUGGCUUCAUGGCUCAGUCUCGCUCUUUCUCCAACUGUCUGGCUGCUCUUAACUAGUCGCACCAUUCUGGGUAUCACCGUUGGCAUUACGAUUUCCACUACAUAUCUAUAUACCCUCGAAAUCGCUUAUAAGGACGUACGUGGAACUCUUUCUGGAAUCAUUAGCUUAGCUAGGAUAGCGGGAUUUCUAUUUGUGUCUUCUCUAGGAGUUUCUAAGCUCGACUGGCGACAAAUGGGCUUCGUUUGUUGCGGAGUAUCUGCACUUCCUUUCUUUAGCCUCAUCUUCCUGCCUAACUCUCCUCGUUGGCUCGUCACUCAAGGUCGUCUUAGCGAAGCUCAGAAAGCUCUUGUUUUUUUCAGAGGCAAACAUUAUGACUCGGAGCCAGAAUUGCAGGAUAUGACUCAACAUAUUAGUAAUGUUGAUAGGAAAACAGACAAUUUAUGGCAACAAGUGCGGCUGCUGUUUGAACCAACAACUGCUCACAUGGUCUUGUUAUUGACCGUUUUAACUUUCUUGGUAACUAUGAAUGGGUCUUUCGCUAUAACGUCAUAUUUAGUGCCCAUUUUCCAGGCAGCGGAGGUUAGCCUUGAUCCAUACACCAGCGCCAUAAUUUUCAGUAUCGUUAGGAUUUUUGGAACUUUAGUUCAUCUCUGUGUAAUUGACCGUCUGGGACGCAAACCAUUGAUCACAAUUUCUUAUUUUUUGUGCUCGCUGUGUAUGGCUGCUUAUGGUGUAUAUUUAUACAUGCAUAAGACAGGAAAUGCUAGUGGCAUGGGGUGGAUACCUCUGACAACAGCAAUGAUAUUUAACUUCUUUAUUGGCAUUGGCCAGCCUGCUUUUUCAGUAAUGAAUGGAGAGCUUCUGCCAACAUCGUGUCGAUCUAUUGGCACUUCAGCGUUAUCGUUGUCACUCAAUGUCGGAGCAUUUAUAGCAUCAUAUACUUAUCCAAUGACAGUAGAAGCACUUGGUGAACAUGGCACUUUCUGGCUCUUCAGUGGCGCUAAUGCAACAAUAACCUUUGUCAGCGUUGUUGCUCUUCCAGAGACUCGCGGACGCUCACUGGAAGAGAUCACAGGAAACCAGCUAAACAAUCGUGAGCAAACCAUAGAACUCUGAAAGUACCCGAAACACUGCUGUAGCCUUCCACUGGGACUAAAUAAGAACAUCUUGGAUGGUCGCAGUGAAAUGCACCAACUUGGAUUCUUUUGUUAUUCAUUUGUAAAGGAAACUCUUCCUGAAAUUUAUUGUAUCAUUAAAUAAAUUGUUUACCCAUAGAACCUCAUGUUAUCGAAGAUGUUCAAAAUAAAAUAUAAGAAAAAGAAGAA